GCAAAAUUGUGAAGAACAGCUCUAAGUCGGUACCAACCGAACCCAGCCAUCCAUAUAGCUUUGCAAAUAGGCCAGUGUAGCAUUUGGGGCUGCUAGGGUUUCUUCUUCGUUGCAGAGAGGUUUUGAAGGAGUUCUUGGUAGCCGGUAGAAGCGAUGUCGGGGAAGGAGGAAGCGCGUAUCUUCGUAGGGGGAUUGUCAUGGAAUACCACGGAACGGCAACUUGAUGCUACGUUUAGUCGAUUCGGCAAGGUGCUGGAUGUGCAGAUUAUGAUGGAAAGGGAUACAGGACGACCUCGUGGAUUUGGAUUUGUGACUUUUUCUAAUAGACGUGCGAUGGAGGCUGCUAUUAGUGAGAUGCACAACAAGGAAUUUGGCGGCCGACAAAUAUCUGUCAACAGGGCCGAGCCAAAGGCGACUUCCGAUGAUACUGGUUAUGGCUACGGUGGUGGGGGAUACUCUUAUGGCGGCGGCAGGGGAGGUUAUCGUGGCAAUGCUGAUGAUUCGCCACCCGUUGGCCUUUCCGAGUGCUUCAAGUGCGGGCGUUCAGGACAUUGGGCUCGUGAAUGCACUUCAGGAGGUGGAGAAAGAUUAUCAUCCCGUUCUCGAAUCGGAGGCAGCCGCGGAGACAAACUUGAAGGCGGAGGGGAUCGUUAUGGCGAACGUUACGCCGAUGAUAGGUAUGAUGGCGGACGCUAUGAUGGCGGUGGGCGAUAUGAUGGAAGCCGUUAUGCAGACCGUGAUCGCCUCGAUAGUAGGGAUGGCAAACACGGUGGUGGUGGUCGUGGUGGUGGUUAUGCAAGCAAUCGUUAUCCACCUGAUGGAGAUCGUUUUUCUAGUGAAAGGUACGGCGACAGAGUGGACAAAUACUCAUCCAAUGGAUACAACAAAGAAAGGAGAUUUGACGGAGAUAGGGGGCUACAUGCUCGUGGUGGCAGGGGUGGCGGUGACAAGUAUUUUAGUGGCGGACCUACACGAUAUGAUGGCGGCGGCGGCGGCGGCUAUCGAGAGAGACCUGGGCCGUACGAUCGGCCCAAGAGGGGCGGUCCUCCUCCAUCCUUGGAUGAGCGGUACUAAAUCCUUUUGAUUAUAGAGAAGGGCUUGUCUGCUUUUACUUUAUUUUUGUUUAGUGUUAGUUGCUGGACUUGCAGUAGUUUAUUGUAUCUGCCUUGUAGGCGGCUGGGCAGAAACUAUUUUUCUAUUGUUACUAAUGUUCUACUCUGCUACAAUUUUUAUUCUCUUUAUUGAAUUCCCUUUUUGAACCAGAUUUUUUACCAAGCAAAUGUUAUGCGCAUUGUAAA